ACCGAACACGAGACUAUAGGCUGCUCUGUGGCCCGGCAACAGAGCACCAAACCUAGGUUAGAUGCGACAAAUAUCUCGAUUUGACGAUAAAUGAACGUAUCAUUACUUCGAAAUCAACUAGAAUUGCACGCAAGUAUUACCUGUUUUCUUAAAAAGUAAUAAAAUCGAAGAGUGGGACAGAUGUUCUUUUCAACAGGCGCGACGCACAUCUACCGCUAUCCCUCACUGGACGAUGGCACAGACUUGAAUAGAGCGCGCCCAGUGCGGUUCUAGGUCGUGCGAUGGCCACCAGGUGAAUUUAGGGCGCUUGCGUCGGCUGUAAACAGUGUUGUGAGAAACAUGGACAGUAUCUCCUCCGACACGUCCGCUGAAUUGUGCAAUGGUUUUAGCGUCAUAAAUAGUGACAAUGUUAAUAAUAAUGUAGGUGAGAACGCUGUAAAUGUUUCUCCUAUCGGAAGAGAACAAAUACUAGAAAGAAGUGGCCAUGGGAACCAAGAAAAUUGGCUUAAUAUAAGAACGCGGCAAGCGCCGAGUGAUACGCACGGUGGUGACGAGGAGCUCACAAACGUGCCUGUGAUAUCAGCUGACUCUGAAAAUAAUAACGAAGUAGAAGAAAUUAAUCACGGUGGUGACUCAAGAACUAUUGAAAGUGAAGGCAAUGGUGGUGAACAGUUGGAAGCUACUGACGUUGAAAAGACAUUAGAAAAUGACAAGGAAAUUGAGGAACUCUCAAAAUUACGAUGCCAAAGUGUGGCUACGGAAGUAGUUGCAGCUCGGUACAAAAGGAGGUGUUCUGAUUAUCCAGGCCUCGCCUUCGGUCGGUCUAUAUUCAGCUCUAACACUAUGAUGAAAUUCAGUGUUAUUAAGAAUGAACUGCACAACAUCAUGAACGUGCAGUUAAGACGGGCUGAAGGCGAGGUCGCUGCUCUGAACCGCCGCAUCCAGCUGCUGGAGGAGGACCUCGAGAGGUCUGAGGAACGUCUCAACACCGCUACCACCAAGCUCGCUGAGGCCUCCCAGGCUGCUGAUGAGUCUGAGCGUAUGCGCAAGGUGCUGGAGAACCGCUCCCUCUCAGAUGAGGAGCGCAUGGAUGCUCUCGAGAACCAGCUGAAGGAGGCUCGUUUCCUCGCUGAGGAGGCCGACAGGAAAUACGAUGAGGUCGCCCGCAAGCUCGCCAUGGUUGAGGCUGAUCUGGAGCGCGCUGAGGAGCGCGCCGAGACCGGCGAGAACAAGAUCGUCGAGCUUGAGGAAGAGCUGCGUGUCGUCGGCAACAACCUGAAGUCUCUGGAGGUCUCCGAGGAGAAGGCUUCCCAGCGCGAAGACACGUACGAGGAGCAGCUUAGGGAUUUGACGAGUCGCACUACCGAGGCCGAGGCUCGCGCUGAGUUCGCCGAGAGGUCCGUCCAGAAGCUCCAGAAGGAGGUCGACAGGCUCGAAGACGAGCUGGUGGUUCAGAAGGAACGAUACAAGUCCGUCACCGACGAGCUCGACCAGACCUUCACAGAGAUGUCUGGCUACUAAGCUGCUUCUUCUAACCCUCCCUCUUCGCGGGACACUCACUGCCUCUUAACUCUGCUCCCCCACUACUUCUUUAUUGCAAAAAGCCUUGUAAUUAAAUAAUUAGCCCAUUAUUUAAUAUCAUUGUAUUUAGGACAUUUUUAUCUAAAAUUGUCACAAUUUUUCGGUUAAGUUUCAUGUCUAGUUUUUACACAAAUUUUUCCGUUUUGCUUCUAUUGGAACUUUUUGUGACGAUCAAACGCUUGCGUCGUGAUCGCGGAUGCUUACGCCCUUCCCGUCACUCCCCUUCAGUUCUGCUAAUGUGUCCAUGUGUGACGUAUCUGACAAUUUCUUCCUCCUAAAAAGUACGGAUAAAUGUUCACAUAUUUGUGUUAACCAUCAGCACAGCAAUUAUCUCCCCGGACGCUCUGAUGUCCAUAUCACUAAUGCUAGGUACCGUGUGGCCUCUCAAUAUUUGUUGAAAUUGCCGCUUCUGUGUUUGAAGUGCCAGCUAAGUUUAACAUACCAGCCUUCCAUUCUUAUCCUCGAUUAUUUCGAACGGAUGCGGUAAAGAUAGGCAUUCGUUAAUUCGAUAUUCGGAUAGCGGUACACGUUUCGUUUCAUUAAAAUCGUGUUUUUCCUGACGUCUUCUAUUCAGAUUCCGGUAGUAUAAACUCGAGCUUUGCAUUGUUGUAGUUUUUCGGAUAGAGCGUAUCAUCAAUUUCUUAUUCUCUGUAACUACGAUCGAAUAUUUAAAGAAUAACAUCUUACCAUACUGCUUUCUUUUGGGACGAGCAGUUAGCUAUUUACGUUACGUUUUUGUUCAGUACAUUAGAUGAAACUUGAGUUUGGACCAUCGUUUGCGUCGUGUUACUGUGUCCGUCGUCUACUUGUAAUCUCCCUCGUGAUGAUGAGUUCUCGUUGAGACAUGAACGUGCGUGCGUUGCCACUGUCCCGCGUUUGUCCGUGAUCGUCCUGUCCCAUGCGUCUCAUGUUGGUUGGACGGUGCGCCGUUCGUUUGCUCACUGUUAUGCCUCUUACAGACGAACUGGUUAACGAGAAAGAGAAGUACAAGUCGAUUACCGACGAACUGGAUCAGACUUUCUCCGAACUUUCUGGCUACUAAAUAUUCUUCUAAGCUCGUCUACAACAUCAUAUCGGCUA